AUGGCUGCAUGUCAUUGGAGGAGCAGUGUCACGAACGAUGCCUCUGGGGAACCGGGCGAAACCCCAGAGUAUCUAGCCUUACCCACGCAUGCGAGGCUCUGCGUGGGCGGACCGUGUAAUUCCCUAGCUACUCGUGGGACCACAAUGGAUAUUGACAAUACAAAUUCAGAGGACAAAUGGAGGGUCUCGACGGAGCCCUCGCUCUCUGACCAUAGGCAGAUCACUUUCAGGAUAGCUAAAACUAGGGGGAAGGAGGUCAAAUUCAGGAACCCGAAGAAAACCAAGUGGGAUUCCUAUAGGGAAGACCUGGCCAGCAGUCUCAAAGACUUCCCUAAGAGGCACGGGACAGAGGAUAAACUGGAGACCUGUGUGGACUACUUGCAGAGGUCUCUGGUAAACUUCUACGAAAGUAAUUGCUCCGAAAGGGCGGUUACAAAUAGUAAAGGAACUUUCUGGUGGACCCCUGGACUGCAGGGUCUCAGAGUGGCGGCUCGUAGAGCCUGGAACAGAGCUAGGAACACGGGCCGCCAAUCCGACUGGGAGCUCUCUAGGAGGGCACUGUGGAACCCGGAUGCGUCUCUGGAAGCCAUCACACUCCCUGAUGGGACGGUGGUGACUGGAGAGCGAUGUCUGGAGCAUCUACUGGAAGUGAACUUUCCGGACUUCCAUAGGGAGCCGGGAGAGCUACUUGCAUAUAAGGAGCCGGGCUCACUCAGAAGAGCCCGACAAGCAGACUGGCGAAUGGCGGCCAAGAUUGUCAUGCCCGAGAAGGUCAAGUGGGCAAUUAACACCUUUAAGCCCUACAAGUCAGCGGGACCGGAUGGUGUCUUUCCGGCUCUUCUACAAAAGGACUGGAACAGAUCUUGGGCCCACUGA